CAAAUCUUGUAAUUUAGAAGAUUGAAAAGAAACUGCAGAUCCAGUUCUUAUCUCUUGCACACCUACACGAACCCGUUCUUAUCUCUUGCACAUAGAUCGCUCAGAAAAAUAUCUCACAAACGCUACCACAGAUAACUGUAAACGUUCUCAAAUUUCUCUAUGAUCUCGUGAGACGAGCAGAGAAAAAAUAUUCCCAUGCCCGCACGCACACCCUCGCACACAUAGGUCAGACCAAAGGCGUCCCAACGGCGGUUUGGAAAUUCCGGGAGAGGAAUAGCAGAUGAGAGGUUAAUCGAAGCUUCGAGUUGAAAAAGGUAUAUAAAUCAGAAAGCUGACAUAACCAGCCAUGUGGAGAAGAAACUCACUUAGUCUCUCAUCCAAACUUGCCUACUCUAACUCCGGCUCCUCUCUACUUUACCUCUUCAGAAGUUCCCCUAAAUCUGCUAGUUGCCAUGGUCUCCUCGCUCGAUCCAAUUUCUCCGGCCCGGAGACCACAUUAGCCACAGAUGCCCUAAAAUGGUCCCAAUCCGGGGCUCGUUCAACUUCUGCUAGUGCCAUUGAAUUACCGCGGUUGACUGCUGCAUCUGCUUUUAAGGCCAAGGAGGUAGCGGACUUGGCUAAGCACUAUGGCCAAUGUUAUUGGGAGCUUUCCAAAGCUCGCCUCAGCAUGCUAGUGGUUGCUACAUCUGGUACUGGAUAUAUACUUGGGAGUGGUGGUUCCAUAGACUAUCUUGGCCUUUGCUGCACUUGUGCUGGCACCAUGAUGGUUGCAGCUUCUGCUAACUCGUUGAACCAGGUGUUUGAGGUGAAAAAUGAUGCGAAAAUGAUUAGAACGAAACACAGGCCACUGCCCUCGGGACGUAUUACUAUACCACAUGCAGUUGCCUGGGCUGCUUCAAUGGGUGUAGGCGGCACUGCUCUUUUGGCUUGCAAGGCUAAUAUGCUGGCGGCUGGCCUUGCAGCAUCUAAUCUCGUGCUUUAUGCAUUUGUAUAUACUCCUUUGAAGCAGAUUCAUCCAGUAAACACUUGGGUUGGAGCUAUAGUCGGUGCAAUCCCACCUCUUCUUGGGUGGGGUGCAGCUUCGGGGCAGAUCUCCCUUAAUGGGAUGAUACUUCCUGCUGCUCUAUAUUUUUGGCAAAUACCUCAUUUUAUGGCUCUUGCUUACUUAUGCCGCAAAGAUUAUGCAGAUGGAGGGUUCAAGAUGUUUUCACUUGCUGAUUCUUGUGGUCGCAGAACAGCCCUUGUCUCUCUGAGGAACUGUCUUUAUCUGCUUCCAUUAGGGUAUCUGGCUUAUGACUGGGGUAUCACUUCAGGGUGGUUCUUUGCUGAGUCCACAGCGCUUGCUCUUGCAAUCAGUUGGACUGCAGCAUCAUUCUUUGCAAACCGUACAACAAAAAAUGCGAGGAGAAUGUUCCAUGCGAGCCUCCUCUAUCUUCCUGUGUUUAUGGGUGGACUUGUACUUCAUCAUCUUCCUCAAGGAGAUGAUCCUUCGUCUUCUUCUUCAUCUUCCUUCCACCCUCUGAAAAACACAAUCCCAACCCGACCACCAGUAGCAUAUGCCUCCGUUGCACCAUUCCCAUUCUUACCAGCUCCAUACAUUACUACCUAAUCAAUUAUCGUAUGUAUUAUUGUGUUUGUGAAAAGUUGAUUGCCGAUUCCAAAUUUACUGGAUUCAGUGCAUGUUUUUGUUGGCUAUCUCAAUUCAAUUUUGAUGGUAUAUGGAGGAAGAACUUUUAUUUUUAUUUAUUUUUUAUUUUUUUUAUGGAUCCAUGUAAUUUUGAGAGCUGCGAAAUAAAUGUUGUAUGUAUGUUGUUUUUUG